AUGAUUUUCAAGACCACUUCUGUUCUUUUGGCACUGCUGGCAGCUGCAGACUUGGCGGCAGGGCACGGUGCUAUCAUAAAAGCUACAGGAGACCAGGGUGGACAGGGAAGCGCUAUCGGAAUUGACCAGAAUACCCCUCGUGAUGGAACGAGAAGAAAUCCAUUUCAACAAGAUACUACUCGCUUUCGAGGGGCUGAGAAAGCAUCUUGUGGUGAGACCUUACAGGGUGGUGACAACAACAUUGAAGCUGGUACCCAGAAGGUCAUGGAUGACAACGGCGGCACCCUUCCACAGGUUUCUGCUGGUGGUCAGCUUAAAAUGACUUUACAUCAAGUUAACGCUGAUGGCGGUGGCCCCUUCAAGUGUAUGAUUGAUUCUACUGGCACCGGAACUCAAUGGCAGGAUAUCCAAGUUUCCCAAAAUGUUGAUGGUCGAAGAGGCAUCAAUCUCCAAGGCCGUAAAACUGAUUUUCCAUUGACUGCUGAGAUUCCAGCCAACCAGCAGUGCACGGGUAAUGUGGCGGGCCAAGAUAAUGUCUGCAUGGUUCGUUGCGAAAACCCGGCCCGUGCCGGGCCCUUUGGAGGCUGUGUCCCCGUUCAAAUGCAAGGUGGCAACAAUGCUGGAAAUAAUACUGCUGGAAACAACGGCAACAAUGGCAAUAAUGCAAAUAACGGCAACAACAAUGGCAACAAUGGAAAUAACGGCAACAACAAUGGAAACAACGGCAAUAAUGGCAACAACGGCAAUAAUGGAAACAAUGGGAAUAACGCUAAUAAGGGAAAUAAUGGAAAUAACGGCAACCAAGGCAAUAACGGCAACCAAGGCAAUCAAGGAAACAAUGGAAACCAGGGCAAUAACGGAAAUAAGGGCAACAAUAAUGGGGCCACGGCUAGCUCCUCUGCUGGAAGCGCUGCCGCUACUGGCGCCACAGGAGGUGCUAAGGGUGCUGCGGGAGGUGCUGCAGGAGGUGCUGCGGGAGGUGCGCUUAAAGGCCUACUUGGUGAGGCGUUGGAUGGUGUUAAGGAUGCCGCUGGUGGCGGUGCCGCCGGAGGAAUCCUCGAUGGCAUUCGCGGAGCCGCUGGAGGGAAGGCAAAUAACGCCGGCCAGAAGAACGCUGCGCAGAAUAACGCUGGCCAGAAUAAUGCUGGCCAAAACAACGGAGCGCAGAAUAAGGGAGCGCAGAAUAAUGGAGGGCAGAAGGCCGUCAACAAUGCUGAUGCUGAGGCGGAUAGAAAAGCAGCCGAUGAAGCAGAGGUCGAAUAA